AUUUAAUAACAAUAAAAAAGAAAAAGAGAAGAACGCUUGCAAUACAAGAGUUAAACUAUAGACAUUGUGUACAUUUUUAUAAGAAGACGUUAUACAAUUUAAAAGGACAUUUUCAAAAUGCUUGGAGAAUUUGUAUUAAAGGGGAAAACGUGCACAGUUUCUUUUGCAAAGAAGAAGCUGACAUUUACAGACUUAAAAAGCGCUGAUACAUGUGAAGUAUUAGUAAAAGACAUAUUAUCAGUGGAGUAUCUGGAAGGCAGCUGUCCUUCCGUCCGUCUGCACCAUGUAGUGCCACACACAAACAAAAGAUUAAGGAUGCAAGUUUGUGAUCUAUAUGGAAGUGAAUGUUUCUGUCAGUGUUUGGCGGACGAAAUAAAAAAUGAUUUGAAAGAGCUAACUAGACCAAGACGACUAUUGGUCUUUGUCAAUCCCAAGUCGGGACACAAGAAAGGAGUAAAGAUAUAUUCAUCUAAAGUUGCACCACUCCUUCAGCUGAGCGGAAUAUAUACAGAAGUCAUUGGUAAAUUCAACAUCUCACUCCUUCAAGUUACAGAAAGAGCUGGUCAGCCUAAAGAGCUCCUAGCCACAUACGACCUUUCACUGAUCCAUGGAAUUGUAUCAGUAGGAGGGGACGGUAUGUUUUCAGAAUGUGUCAACGGUUUGCUCGGCAGACUGCAGUGUGACUCGCACAUUGACAUGCACGAUCCAGAUUCAGAAAUUGUUGCCUCUAAAAUACCAAUUGGCAUAGUACCAGCAGGAUCUGGAAAUUAUCUUGUUAAUUACAUACACGGAACCAGGGACGUGGAAACUGCCGUCCUUAAAGUGAUACUUGGCGACCAUCAUAUGUCUAAUGUUGUAAGUUUACAUCAAGGACGGCAGCUCACGUGCUAUGCGAGUUUACUUGUCGAGUUUGGCCUUAUUGGAAACAUGAUGCACGACUGUGAAAAGUUCAGGUGGUUAGGACCUAGCAGAUAUAGUGUGGUUCCAAUUUCAACUCUGGCGAGGAGAAAGCGGGUAGAUGUUGAAAUAGAAUAUAUGCCAGAAGAACCAAAGAAAAGAAGUCCCAUGACAACUUCAAAGUACUUGCGUCAAGUAUCUCUUCCUGCUAGUAGGUACUCUGACAGAUUCUUCAGACAUAGACUGUUUUCAAUGCCAGAGGACUAUGAUUCAGACAAGAAAAAUGACUGGAAGAAAAUUGACGGUAGAGUGUAUGGAGUAGAUACAUAUGUUGUUACACAGAAAGAAAAAGAAGGAUCUCUUGUCCCCCGUUUUGGUGACCACGCCCUAACAAUGUGGGUAACGGACAAAUGCAGUAUUGGUGACCAUGUUGACCAGCUGACAAAGCUACAAAAGGCGCAGUCAGGAUAUCUGAAUUACGACUUUAUCCGUACAGUUCGCGCUUCACGAUAUCGUGUGAAGCUCUCUUCAACAAGGACAACGAUGAAUGCUAACGGCGAGCGUCAUUUAGACAACAAGUUCUACAUCAACGCUGACGGUGAAGCUAUAAAACUGGAUACUCCCGAGUUUGAAGUAAGGCUUCACCAGUGCACCAUGCCCAUUUUUGGAAAAAUCGAUGGUUGAAGGCUGAUAUAAGUUUGCCACUAUACAAAACUUCGUCUACGCAAGAUGAAACAAUGCUUGCAGCGUCCCGGAAAGGUGCCAAAUUCGAAAAUUCAAGCUGACGCAAUCAGGAAGAGAGUGUUGCUUGAAUUGUCCAUGACAGCCGAGGGUGGAUUACUUCGCGUAGCGAGGAGAGGAAGCUACUAGAAUGGGGAGAAAGAAUCAGAGGACACACGUCUACGCAAUUAAGUGUCCUGAAGACAAAUUGACAAAACAUGCUUGAGCGUGUUGAAAAUCAAUUAAAACACACCUUCUCUUUUGAAGGUCUGUAAUUUGACGUGGCACAGGACUGAAAUGUGUCUAAUUCACGAUCUUCUCAUGCUGAGAAGUGAAACGCACAACAUAUUAUGUGUUGGUAGUUAACUGUUUUAAAAUAUUUAUUUUAUAUACUUAUUAAUUUUAUUUUCAUUUAUUGUUUUGACGAGGACUUAUGGUUUCCAAAUAAAGUCUCAUUUUUAACGACCUUUGACCAUUGUCAAGGAUAUUUGUAUAAUUUAUACAUAGAUAUCAAAAUUUAUGUUCCUUAUACAUGUUAUAUUCUUUAGUAUAUUUUAUUACAUAUUUAUUGUUUAGAAAUAAAAAGUGUUUUGUGAAUAUUAUACAUGGUUUUACAUCUAUUUAAUAAAAGUUAAGUUAG